CUCCUCCUUCCCUCGUCUCUUGGAAUCACUCUGUCUUCCUCGUGUAUUUCGUCUCUCUCGCUCUUUUCCCCCUCUCUAUCUUUUUCUCUCUUGAACGUGUGUCGCGGUCGGGUAUGGCGCUGCCCAUAGGCGCCGAUACGCCCCGGGGUGUCGAGGCUGACUCGACUCGAGUCGAGUCGUUCGUUCGUUCGUUCGUCCAUCCGCCGACCAUCCUCCCCCUUGUUGUGUUCAUUGAGCCGCUUGUUCCCCAGUAUGCCUCUGCAGUUGCUUCCCUCGUGAGGGAGCGUCAUUGUUACUGUCGAUCGUGUUCAUUUCCUCUUCGUGAUUUUCCCCUGUCUAUAUUGUAUUUUCUUAUUUGGCUAAUAUAGCCUUCGACUUACAUUACGAUCUUUACCUCGUACCAUAACAGAUCACGAGAAGGAAGGAUAUGAUAAAUUGUGGCCGAUGAGGAAAAGAGCACGAGAACGAGUACGAGCAGGAGCACGAGCAAGAGCAAGCGGCUUCGUCGAGGAAGGCGAGAAGAAGCGACGACGAGGCGGCACCAGCAAUACCAAUAAAAAGAUCAACACUAGAUCUGAUGUUAGCGGACAUUAACGGUAACUUGGCGGAUCUGAGAAGCGAAGCGAUGGCGUCGCAGAGGUUUUGUCUGCGUUGGAAUAAUCAUCAAAGUAAUCUACUCUCCGUUUUCGACCAACUACUCCAUGACGAGUCGUUCGUCGACGUUACACUGGCCGUCGAGGGUCAGCUACUCAGGGCACAUAAGAUGGUGCUGUCGGCGUGUAGCCCUUACUUUCAGGCCCUUUUUGUUGGCCACCCCGACAAGCACCCGAUAGUCAUACUGAAAGAUGUCCCCUACGUGGACAUGCGAAGCCUUUUGGAUUUCAUGUAUCGCGGAGAGGUGAGCGUCGACCAGGACAGGCUGACCGCCUUCUUGAGAGUAGCGGAAUCUCUCAGGAUAAAGGGCCUGACCGAGGUAAACGAGGACAAGUGUGACUUGCCCAGUAUUACCUCCUCGUUGCUUGGCAAUCAAAACACAGUACCUCCACCACCACCGAAUCUACAUAGAAUAAACCAAAUCGGGCCUCACCACCACGUGUCCCAGAAGAGGAUGCACCACAUGUCGAGCCAUCCCCUGUUGGGCUCGGCCUUGUCCGCGCCAAAGAGAAAACGGGGAAGGCCGAGGAAGCUGAGCGGCUCGUCCGACACACCGAUCAGCGAGCUCUCCGCCCAGGAGCUGCAGUCAUGCUCGGGGGCCGACCUCGUCCAGGGCUCGCCCGAGAUGAUGGAAAUGAAGAUGAGUAUCGACUUUCAGAGCGAGGGCGCCGGGAACACCGGCAGGAAUUCCGGGAACGCGAGCAACAGCAGCAACAACGUGGGCAGCAAUAACGUCGGGGGCAACUCUGGAUCCGGGACGGGCACCGCCAACCUCCCCGCCUCCUCCUUGUCGUCCGCGAGGAAGGACGAGCCAACGGAAAAUGGUACUGACACGCCUGAGUCGCUGACACCCCGCGUGAAACGGGAACCCGAACCGACGCCUAGCACCUCUGCCCAAGCCUCCGAUGAGACGUUCGCGCGGCCGCACAGUAGACAAGGGAGCGAAGGUUUCAAGCAAGACUCGGAGGAGACGUCGAGUGGCGGUGGCUCGCAGUCACCGACUCACAUUCGCAUCAACUUCGAGCGUUGCUUUCGCAAGGAGUACAGCGCUUCGUCCCUUCAAGGGAAGACGCAGUCGUCGUCGUCGGCCGCCACCGCGUCGAUGGAGGACUCGCAACAAUAUUCCGACUCCGAGUCGGAGCAAAAGGUGUCGAAAGAGAAUUUGAGCAGUGCCAUAUUUAAUCUGGUCGCCGGCGAGUCGGAGAUCAGCCAGAGCGACUUCGAGGGAUCGUUCAAGGUGGAGAACGAGAGAACGGAAGGCUCUGUGCGGGACUUCUGCGUGAAAGAGGGCGACGUGUACCGGUGCACCGUAUGCCAUCGUACAUACACACACAUCAGCAAUUUCUGCCGGCACUACGUCACCUCACACAAGCCUAACGUCAAGUACUAUCCGUGCCCGGUUUGUUUUAAGGAAUUCACGCGGAAAGAUAACAUGGUCGCCCACGUUAAAAUCAUACACAGCCUCAAGCCGCACAUGAGCCUUAGCAGCGGUGGCAGCGGUGGCAUGGGCCAGCAACGGUAGACCGCUCUUCCCGCGUCCACAACACCGCCACCACGACCCUUCUCAGCCUACGUUCCCUGGCUCUCUCCCUUCGUUUUAUGCCCCUCGAGAAAUAAUAUAAAUAAUACAAUUUACCGGAGACGCUGCUUCUCCUACCGUUCCCGGAGAGCCGUUGCUCGCAUCGUCGUCGCGUGCAAUAUAAAGCGUCGAGCAUGAAU